AUGGUUCCUUUCAACUCAAGAAAGGGACGAAAAUUAAGCUCAAAAGCCAUAGCUGAUGCAACUUCAUGGUAUUGUUCUAUUGUUCUUGUAGCACUCAUACUUCUAACCAUUUAUAGAGAUAGCUAUAUGAUUCCAAAUGAUCAUGAUCACAACAUCAUAGAAAGCAACCAUUUCUUGUUGUCCAAACCAUGCGACGAAAUCUAUGUAGUUGGUGAAGGUGAGACACUUAACACAAUUAGUGAUAAGUGUAAUGAUCCUUUUAUUGUUGAGAACAAUCCUCAUAUACAUGACCCUGAUGAUGUCUUCCCUGGCCUUGUCAUCAAAAUUACACCUUCAUAUAAUCAUACCUAG